AUGACUUCGUUAUUGAAUACGUCAUUGGAAUAUUUUGAGCAUAGCAUCAUUCGACCUCAUACUUCAACCCUCUGUACGGUGGUUGUGCAUAAGCGCUGUCAUGAAGAGGUCGUUUGGAAAUGUCCAGGAAGCAAAACGGAUGCAAUUGAUGAGCUGCGGUUAGAGGCUGCUGAGCAAGGAUUAGGUCGUUUCAAUAUCAAUAUGCCGCAUCGAUUCAGCGUUCACAGCUAUAAGCGACCGACAUUCUGUGAUCAUUGUGGAUCGAUGUUGUAUGGACUUAUUAACCAGGGUCUUCAGUGCUCUGUCUGUAAGCUUAACGUACACAAACGGUGUCAACGAAAUGUGGCGAACAAUUGUGGCAUAAAUGCGAAGCAAAUGGCGUUGGAGUUGGCGCAGCUCGGUCUAACNGGUGACAAAAUGUCGAUUCGUGCAAAGAAGAAGGUAUUAUCAUAUUACACCAAUUCUGAGCGUUUGCUUGAGACUCGAGCGUUCAUUGCUCAGUGA